UACAGGCCAUGGGAAGACAUUACCUGUUGAUAACACAGACUAUUUUCAUGAUCAUGGGAGGUGUGAGAGAAUUGCUGCUCGUUGUGAUGACUGUGGGGGUUGUCAAAGUUUCUUGUUACCCUGUUGGAAAGUCCCAGAAGCAAGAUCAAGUCUCUCUGCAGAGGAGACUUGGAGAGCUGUCAUCAAAUGACGUCUCCAUUGUGCAUGCCCUGGCCUUGCUCCGAUCCAUAGGGUCUGACGCUAAACAAGCCAGAGAAGAGUAUUUAGAGACCAAUGAAGUAGAAUCCCAAGCUUAUCCAAACCAUGGUAGCUCUCCGGCAAAUGAUGCCCUGUCCUCUGAGGAGAAGCUGAGGCGCAUGUCCUCUGCCAGGC